UCUCUCUUCGGACUCUCGGAGCUCGUAGCUAAGGCUGGCCAAAGGGGAGAGAGGGAGAGACACACACACACACACACACGCAGAGGGUCCAGACAGUCUUCUCACUUACUCUCAUCUCUCAGACCGGUAUCCUCGGAAAACAACAUGAACAAUCCAUCGGUUUGACGUGAUGGGAAGACCCUCGAGAUGAUGGUCAAUACUACACAUCUGCAAAUACAGAUGUUCAUUCUAUAAUAAUUCAUACUUAGAUAUCACAAUGUGGAACUUUGCAUCCAAAUGCAUUGCUGGAAGCAUUAGGCUGAAGAAUAACUUUCUAAAGCCGACUAAGGAUGCUUUAGAUUGUUCAGAUGAUGAAAUGUCCUCCACCACCAGCAGAGAAGAGGGACUUGAGUGCCCAAUAUGCUGGGAAUUCUUUAACAUUGUCGAAAAUGUGCCCUAUGUUUUAUGGUGCGGCCAUACUCUUUGUAAGAAUUGCGUCCUAGGACUGCAGUGGGCUGUUGUGAAAUUUCCAACUUUACCAAUCCAGCUUCCACUCUUCAUCUCCUGCCCAUGGUGCAAUCUCUUGUCUCUCCGCCUGGUUUAUAAGGGAAAUCUCAAGUUUCCUCGCAAGAACUUUUUUCUUCUCUGGAUGCUUGAGAGCAUGAAUGGUGAUAGGGUAAAGUCACAUUCUGCUUUAUGCGGAGAUCAUCAGCCAGUGUGGCCAUCAACUGCCAAAAUAGCACCACAUGUAAGCCACUCUAACCUUGGGAGGGGGCAGCACACUCACCAUUUGGAGUCUUCUGGGUCAACCCGUGAUCAUAAUCGUGUUGGUAAUUAUCUCACUGUGGAGCGACUGCAUUCCUCCCUUAGGAAUGCACUGGUUUUCUUUGUUCAACUGACUGCCAAGUUCCCAUUGGUUCUCAUAUUUCUUCUGAUCAUUUUGUAUGCAAUACCUGCCAGUGCAGCUGUCCUGGCCUUGUACAUACUCAUCACCGUUCUGUUUGCUCUCCCUUCAUUUCUCAUUCUGUACUUUGCAUAUCCUAGCUUGGACUGGCUGGUGAGAGAAAUCAUCACUUGAGAUGAUGUUCUUCUCGCUGUUUUGAAAGCUCUUUGAACACCAGUUUAUCUCAUAAACUGGUGCUUGUCCAUCUGAAUCCCAUCAGUUGUCAAAAAUAUAUCGGCUCUACUAUCUUAAACCACGCCAUAUGAUGCACUCCUUUUGUGAUUGUGAAACCUAGUAGCCUUUUGAGCCUCUCUAUGUUGAGAACUGUUUUAGCUUUCCCAUGGUAUAUACUUUUCUGGGUGGUAGUGAUGCCAGUUCGUUUGUUAUUUUGGUUUUGGCAACCAUUGGCCGAGAAGUAAAACUUUCCCUUUGCCAACAAGUGGUUAUUUUCUGUUUAUGUGGCUUCUGAAUGUUGUUUCACGAGUACUUUAUUAGGGCUUGAUUAAGAGAUUCUUAAUGUUCUUUGUAUACAGCUCUAUUCCUUAUCUAGUGUCAAUGCAUAAUUGUUAAGAGGUUCUCUUUCUCUGCCUUGGCGAUUUUGGUUGAAAUCAAUCAAAACUCCUAUUUUGUUUGAUGGAUUGUUAUUUGUGAUCAGCAGAAAGGGCUAGCAACUUGGCAUCAUUCAGAAAUUUUUACUUGUGCUCUUCGGCUUUGGAUUGAAGUGGAAGUCGUUCAUGUGCAAGUGUAACUUUGAUUUGCCACCCCUUUCAUUUUCAUGCGUUUCCUUUUUAUCAGAAUGUACCAUUUACAGUGUGCGUGUAAACUAGU